UCGAGACCCACGCACGCACGCACCAUUCCACCACCGUUGCUCGCGCCGCCGAGGGAGAGAAAGAGCGCACAGUGCGGAGAAGCAGGCUAGGGUUUAAGGUUGGUCGGCCAUGGCGUCGGCGGCGAAGACCCUGGCGGCGCGGGCGGGAUCCUCCCUCAUCGGGCGCCUCCUCGCGUCCUCGUCCCCGUCCACGCCCCUCCUACGCGCCGGUCUGCCGCAGCUCGCCAGGCUGCAGGCGCACGCCCCGCUGGCGCCGUCUGUGGAUGCCUACGAGGCGGAGGCGGUCGCGAGGCUCACCUCGGUCCCCGGCGAGAUCUCGUUCCCCUGCGGCCUCCCGUCGCUCCGCUUCUUCAUCGACGACGGUACCGCCGUCGAGAAUCCUGUUGCUAAUGAACCCCUUCUGCUAAUAAAGAGAACUUACCAGCCCAGUACCAUCAAGCGGAAGAGAACCCAUGGAUUUCUUACACGUAAGUCGACCAAGGGUGGGCGCAAGGUGAUCGCGCGGAGGAUCGCCAAAGGCAGGCACAGGCUUUCCGUCUAGUGAGAUCCCAUAGCAGCUCUCGGCGUUUUUUUUUUCACAGCAGAUUUGUACUGUUCUUUGUAUGAAACCUUAGAGUUUCAAAGUCUAUGUAUUCUUACCGCCCCUCUGCUAACGGCGAGCCCCAGCAAAAAAAGCAGCAGACCGUGUGUGGAUUUUCUUGUUGUCGAACAACUGUUCCGCGAAAUAAACUUAAGUUUAUCUGCACCCA